AUGAAUAUUGAUCCACCACCACCACCGAUGAGCCAUAAUCGCAUAAGGCACAACAGGACGUAUGGAAUCAACCGACACACACAAUCAGCAAACACUUCAAGUGGAAAUCGACCUGGACCAGCAGGAAACCUUGGAAAUGGAACUUACGGCGUGCCCGCGGAAAAUGAAGAACCUCAAGAAAUGGACGAACCCAGGCCAAGACCUGCGGUUAUCAUCAAGGAAGCGGACCUCAAGUACGAUGGCGAAAACUUUGAGGAUUUUUUGGACAGAUUCGAGCUAGCAGCAGAAAUAUACGGUGCUGGCGGCUUUGAUAAAGCACGUCAGGUGUGUAGAUUUGUGAAAAGCGAAGAAUUGAAAAAGGAAUUAGAGUCAAUGGACGGCUAUGAUACCCGCAACUGGACAAUCUUGCGAGCUAGCAUGAUGGAACUCUGGGGAGGGGCAAUCAAGAAAAUCCGUUACACGCUCAAGGACCUUUAUAAUUUGAUUGAUUUCUGCCAGAAGAAAGCAUUCUCAGUAGACGUACAAACCAGCAUCAACAGAGAAUUGGUCAAAGCAGACCUCAUACCCACAGGAAAGGAUGGUUAUAAUAAACCCCCUCUGUUGGCCGAUGUUAUUGAUGUAGCAGAAGAUGAGAUUCGAGCUAGAUCUAUAAAUGCAUUUGCAGCAAGCGGAUUUGCUGAAGCCAAUCACAUGAUGCAGCGGAGCCUGGAUCAGAAGAAAGGUGAUGGCAGAAAGCGUGAGAAAAUGGUAGAGGAAAAUCCUCCCGAAAUGCUACAAAAACAGGUUGAUAAUUUGGCAAAAGCCAUUGAAACUCUUACUGGGAAACUUGAAAACCCACCAAAAACAGAAUACUCACGAGGGAAUGAUCGACCCGCUGGGCGGCUCUAUGAACCCCAACCCUGUUGGUACUGUCACAGAGAAGGACAUUCCACUCAGGUAUGUUAUGAAGCCCAAAAAGAUGAAAAGGCGGGGCUGGUCAAACGAGAUGGGCGCGAUUUCUGUCUUCCAAACGGGGAAAAGAUUCCCUGGGACACUUCAAGACCUAUUAGGGUUGUAGUUGCUGCGGAAUCUGCGAAACCUAAGCCCACGAUAAACGCUGUUUAUAGGACAGAGAACCCUGCAGUGUUUUCAACCCCACUACCAUCACCACCUGCAACCAGCGAACAUGAGUACAUCUCAUCCUUACAUAAGAUCGAUUGGGACCCACCCAGAUUAGGGUCCGGAAACUUUGAAAAAGUAAAACUCAAAGCAAAUACAGCAACAACCCGAGCAGAAGCGCUCCGUGGACGACGCAAACCUCCGGCCGAAAAGGACAACUCGGAAAUGGACGUGGACCAACCUGAUGAACUAGAAGAGUUGGUUCAAGACAUUCCAGCCACUCGAAAAACUCCGGGACAAAUCUCGGAUGCUCAAGGAAAAACACCGGCACAAAAAGGGGACAAGACCGCGGAAUCAGCACUAGUCUCGGAAUUGGACAAUUUAAAGAUACCAACUACGUUUUCACAACUCACUUCGAUUUCGCCCACAUACGCUCAAGAAAUUAUCAAGAAACUUCAAAAACGAAUUCCGGAACACAAGAAUUCCAAGUUAACCUACGUAAAAGACAACAAAACCGAUCCAAAAGUUUUUGCUUCAAUGCUGCUCAAUCAAGAUGAGGAGGAGCGGGAAUACAACUGCUUCUAUAGUUGCGCGCUAGGAUACAUUGACACUCACAUUGCAGGGAAGAAGAUACCAUUUAUGGUGGAUUCUGGUUCAAUGGUCAAUGUAAUCCCCAGACAAGCGGCAAUUGACCUGGAUUUAGAAGUAGUAGAAGUUGACAUACCAAUGAAAGGAAUUGGCGGGGAUCGAUGUGAUAUAAAAGGGGUGGUAGAAAACUGUGACAUUAGUAUUGGCCGAUUCACUGGCCCAGUUCAUUUAUUCGUCUCACCUCAAGCGCAAGACUGCAUCCUUGGACGACCCUUCCUUUUCGAUUACGAUUGUACACUGGAUUAUCCCGGCACUGGAGAAUUACUAUCUUUUCAAGGCAAUAGUGGACGGCGGAUCACGGUACCUAUAGCAAAAAUAGGACAAGGGUGA